AUGCUCAAGAAAUAUAUUGAAAGAAAGAAUGCUGAUGAUGUUAAAAACCGAAAGCAGGAAUUGGAUGGAGAUGAUGACGAUGAUGAUGGUGACGACAAAGGGGACAGUGUCGGCGGUCCAGUUCUUCACCUAACUGCAGCUUCCAUAACUGAAACGAGUAUCGGUAGAUCCAAUGGAGAGGUUGAUGAUGAAGAACUACUGGAACUUGGUCCCACAGCACUGAAGGAAACAGCGGCAGACAUGGUCUUAGGUGAGCGGCUGACUGAGGAACAGAGAGUCCAAUUAGAAGAACUGAUCGAUCGAUAUGAACACAUCUUCACCGACGUGCCGGGCAAACACCAAAAUAGAGAUGACGUCCACCAAAUGACAGAACACCAAAUACAAACACCAAUUGACAGAACACCAAAUAGAGAUGACGUCCGAGGAAUCUAUUCGAUCCAAACCUUAUGCAAUACCCUACAACGUGAGAGAGUCCCUAAAGGAGGAUAUCCAAGCAAUGCUUCAGAUGGGCGUGAUCAGAGAAUCUAA